CUCAAUUUAUUUACAAGUCACACUGAAAUGUUUUCUCUCCGGUCCAAAACUUGAGCGCUCCCCAAAAAAAGUAAAAGUGGAAAUGGUUUAAAAGCUCGACUUCAGGUCUUGGCCACUUGCCAGCUCUAGAGAGAGGCCUCUGUGACUGACUUGUGAAAUUCUCAUAAACGCACACUCAUACAUACUUCUCAUGGAAGACAAUAAAUCGGUGAUUGGCACCCUGCGGCAAAAAGCCAAACUCUUUCGAUACUUGUGGGUGGGCAGUGACAAAAAUCUUAACAAGCCUGAAGUUAGGGAGGAACACUUGCUGGACCAGCGGAUGAGCGUUUCCGUAGCAGACGUCUUGCAGAGAACUAGGGCAUCCACCCUCAAAAGCCCCUCCCACAAGCAGCAAGCUGAUGUCCGGCCUCGCUCCACCUGCUACAGCAGCCCACCUACCCCCCUCAACCUGACUCUGACAAAGAGAGGGUGCGGCACCGGGGUCGCUGAUUCGCUGACCAUGCUGGUGGACUCGACCGGCUGGCCAUCGCAUGACUCGGUCACCGAUGGUCCAUAUGAGGAGCAGAACUUCUCAGAAGCUACAGAAGAGAUGGAGCAGGUGCUGCAGAUGAGGGACACACAAUUGCCUUCGUCGGAGAGCUUGACAGAGAUUCUGGAUAUGAGAUCAGAGAUGCCUGGAGUGAGUGAGAAUCAGAGGGAAGCUCAGAGAACGUACCUGCUUUCUAUAUUUCUUAAGGAGGGACGUGGACUGGUCAUUAGAGACCGCUGUGGCACAAGUGAUCCAUAUGUGAAAUUCAAACUGGAUGGGAAGACUGUAUAUAAAAGUAAAGUGGUGUAUAAGAAUCUCAACCCUAAAUGGAAUGAGUCCUUCUCCUUCCCAAUCUGCAACCUGGACCAGAAACUCUUCAUUAAGGUUUACGAUCGAGAUCUGACAACGGAUGACUUCAUGGGGUCCUGCUCUGUUGUACUCAGUAAACUGGAACUUGAAAAGAGCAGUGAGAUGGUGCUACCACUCGAUGACCCCAACAGCUUUGAGGACGAUAUGGGUGUCAUAGUCAUAGAUGUCUGUUUAUCUGUGAGAGAUGACAUAAACCAAAAAUAUAGGAGGGUGCAGAAGAAAAGAAGGAGCUUUACGGGAAGUACAACAGAGCAAAACAGGUGUCUCACAGACUCUCUGAAGAAGAGUCAGCAGUGGACUGGUAUCUACACCAUCACCCUGGUUGAGGGGCGGGACUUACCAGUGGACGGACAGGGGGACGUGUUUGUUCGCUUUAAACUAGGAGAUCAGAAAUAUAAAAGCAAGAGCCAAGUUAAGAAGGUCAACAUACAGUGGAGAGAAAGGUUUGACUUCAACCAGUUCCCUGACGCAUCAAGUCUUCUCGAGAUUGAAGUUGUGGGGAAAGAGGGACGGAGAUAUGAGGAUUGUUACGGACAGUGUGAGGUGGACUUGUCAGUGUUGCCAUUGAAUGAGUCCACGCUGUUUAUGUCCGAGCUGGACCCGAGCCAAGGCAGAGUGGUGUUCCUCGUCACUCCCACUCCUUGCACUGGAGUUUCCAUCACGGAUCUCGUUGCCCCGCCACUGGAUGAGCCUCACGAGAGAGACAACAUGCUGGUUAAAUACAGUUUCAGGAACUCCUUGAAGGACAUGAGAGAUGUUGGUUUUCUUCAGGUUAAAGUGAUCAAGGCCACUGACCUGAUGGCUGCUGAUCUGAAUGGAAAGAGCGAUCCAUUUUGUGUCUUAGAAUUGGGAAACAACAGACUGCAGACCCACACCAUCUACAAAACCCUCAACCCUGAGUGGAAUAAAGUCUUCACUCUCCCAGUAAAAGACAUUCAUGAAGUUCUGGAAGUGACUGUGUUUGAUGAGGAUGGAGACAAAGCUCCAGAUUUCUUGGGGAAGGUGGCCAUUCCUUUACUCUUGAUACAUAAUGGGCAGCAGGUUGCUUGUCCUCUGAGGAAAGAGAAUUUGGGAGGACUGUCUAAAGGAACCAUAUUACUGGAGCUUGAAGUUAUCUUCAAUCCUGUCAAAGCAAGCAUUAGGACUUUCACGCCUAGAGAACAGAAGUUUCUUGAGAACAAUGCCAAAUUUUCUAAGAAGGUUCUUGCCCGAAACAUUCUUCGCGUGAGGAACCUUUACCGUGCCGUGUGCCACGUUAACCAGUUUAUCAAAAGCUGUUUCCAGUGGGAAAGUGUGCAGAGGAGUAUCAUAGCAUUUUUGGUCUUUGUUCUUACAGUGUGGUAUUGGGAUUUCUACAUGCUGCCUCUCUUCAUGGUCCUGCUAAUUGCAAGGAACUAUCUGCAUAUCGCCUCUGAGAGAGUCAGCAAAGAUCUAGACACCAUGGAGCUAUAUGAAGAGGAAGACGAGGAUGAAAAGGAAUCUGAAAGAAAAGGUCUGAUGGAGAAAAUCCACAUGGUUCAGGAGAUCGUCAUUGCGGUUCAGAACCUUCUGGAGGAGAUUGCAUGCUUCAGUGAAAGAAUAAAGAAUACAUUCAACUGGUCAGUGCCUUUCCUGUCCAAUCUGGCCUUCCUGGUUCUCAUCAUAGCUACAGUCAUCACUUACUUAAUUUCAGUACGCUACAUUAUUUUAUUAUGGGGUAUACAUAAAUUCACAAAGAAACUACGGAAUCCAUACGGCAUUGAUAACAGUGAGGUUAUGGACUUCCUUUCCAGAGUGCCUUCAGAUGUCCAAAUGGCACAGUACACAGAGCUGAGCAGCUGUAGUGUACACAGUCCUUCCAGGAGAAAGAGGGCAUCUCCAUUGACACUAAAAUGAGAACGGUCUCCUGAGAACGUUCUGUGUGAAAAACCCUUGGAGAACAUGCCUGGAGUUGUUCAGAACUUUACAAAAAGUGGAUUGCUGAUCUGCAUAUUUUAGUAUCAAUUAGAUUCUGUUUGAGUGAAUGCAUUUCAUCCAUGCUGGUGGUCCAUAUAUCAUGAGAUGCAUCUGGCAUUACCACUGGGCCAUGCUCAAGGAAGGUGCACCUUGGUUGAUGACAUACUGUAGAUACAGUUGAAGUCAUAAAUUUACAUACACUUGGCAAGUAAUUUAGGACAUCUACUUUGUGCAUGACAUGAGUAAUUUUUCCAGCAGUUGUUUAUAGACAGAUUGUUUCACUUUUAAUUGAUUAUAUCACAAUUCUAGUGGAUCAUAAGUUUACAUUCACUAAGUUAACUGUGCCUUUAAGCAGCUCGUAAAAUUCCAGAAAAUGAUGUCAAGCCUUUAGGCAAUUAGCCAAUUAGAUUCUGAUAGGCUAAUUGCCUAAUUAGAGUCAAUUGGAGCCUCUUUGCUUGACAUCAUGGGAAAAUCAAAAGAAAUCAGCCAAGACCUCAGAAGCAAUUUCUGGGAGCAAUUUCCAAAUGCCUGAAGGUACUACGUUCAUCUUGAGAAGCUUGUGGAAGGCUACCCAAAAUGUUUGACCCAAGUUAAACAAUUUAAAGGCAAUGCUACCAAAUACUAACAAAGUGUGUGAAAACUUUCGACCCACUGGGAAUGUGAUGAAAAAAGUAAAAGCUGAAAUAAAUCAUUCUCUCUACUAUUAUUCUGACAUUUCACAUUCUUAAAAUAAAGAAGUGAUCCUAACUGACCUAAGACAGGCAAUGUUUUCUAUGAUUAAAUGUCAGGAAUUGUGAAAAAACUGAGUUUAAAUGUAUUUGGCUAAGGUGUAUGUAAACUUCUGACUUCAACUGGACAUAUUAUUAACACUCUAUACGGAGGCAGCUCUAGUCAGCCUGUUGUAUUCAGGGACGAAGAAACUCAACUAAGAUAAAGGGAAUAGUUAAUGCAUAGACUACGCCACCUUGGAAUAUAGUCGCCACAUUGGGCCUUAAACGUUGAUCUACUGUAUUGCCAGUGCCUAAAUGUCACAUGUGCAAUACAGUGUAAUUCUUUGCUAUUUUAGGUAUUUCUCCAUGGAUUUCUUUGUUUUUUUUAUAUAUAUAUAGUUUUUUUUUUUUUAGUUUUUUUUUUUAUUUCAACUUGUUAAAAAUAUGUUUUUUCAAGGAUAAGUCUUUACAAAGUUUGUACAGUCUCACUCUAUGGGAGCCACUUAUUUUUGUUGAAUGCAUAUGAAUGCAGAAUUGCACUCAUAGAGUAACAAGAUAUUUAUGUGUGGUUUCGUUUUUAUGCUCCUUUUUAUUUUGUAAAGAUGUCAUUUUACAACUCUUUUGGAUCUAUUUAACUUUAAUCAUUGCAGAGAAAAAACAUUCAGAAUACUCAUGUUUGAAAAUAAGUAGACAAAAAGUGCCUUUGACAAACACUUAGUGAAUUAUACUUAUUUUCUACUACACUCUCCUUAUAUAGUUUUUUUGUGCAAUACAAGUUUAUAUAUAUACAUAUAGCUCAAGAGUAGUAAUUGUAUAUAAAAAAUGGAAAUUGUACAUUUUUUAAUUUCUAUUUUGCAGUGUUUAAAAUCUCACAGCGUUGAAUGUAUGUGCCACAGAUUUAUUUCUGCUUAACUCCAGUUGUGUACAUAAACAGUAGACCUACUCUAAACACAUUUAAAAACAAUUAAUACAAAAUAUAAACAUUUAUAAGUAGUAACAAAUUUAUUAUUUUCCCUAACCCCCCUAAUGUAUCAACUAAUUUUCCUCAGUGCCCCCUGGCAUCCUUUGUACGCCCCCGUUGAAAACCCCUGACCUAGAUAAUUGUAAGUGGGGGCAGAAGAGUCGUUUCUGAUGUAAUUUUACAGCAUUUAUUAAUCUUAUUCUAGUUAAUGUUAGUUAAUAAAAAUACAAUUGUUAAUUGUUAGGUCAUGUUAGUUCAUCGUGCAUAAACUAAUGUUAACAAAUACAACUUUUGAUUUAAAAAAUGGAUUAGUAGGCCUAUAUGUUGAACUUAAAAUUAACUAGAUUAAUAAAUGCUGUAAAAGUAUUGUUCAUUGUUAGCUCAUGUUAACUGAUGUUGUUAACUAAUGUUAAGAAAUGGAACCUUAUUGUAAAGUAUUACCGAUACUGUGUUCAUUCAUGCAAACAUGCAAUCAUGAACAUUUCGCAUAAACACCUUCAAUCUUUUAUGACAGAGAUGCUUUGGUGUAUAUUUACCAUAAGAUCUUCUAACAGAUAAAGCAUGAUCUAUGCUACAAUUAUACUUCCUUUGAGUUCACUGGAGUAUAUGCAUGUUUAUAAGAAAGAAGGUGGAAACAAUGAUUCCAACAGUCCAAAGAUGCAUAUUGAAUGCUUUGAGACUAUUCAGCCACAAAGUGGCAGUGUUUUCCUUCUACGGGACCCUGUUCUGCAGUAAUCCAGUUUACCAUGGAGAGUUGAGCUUUGGGAGACAGCAAUGACACUUUCUGUAUUCUUCACGUCAGUCCUCAGUUAAAAGACCCUUACAAAAAAGUACUUUAGCAGUACCAUAAAACAGUGAUGGUAUGAGAUGUUACUGUACUUGAUUACGAUAUUCAUAUACUGUGGUACUUAAAUUGGAUUGUAAGGUACUUCAAAGAAUACUAGUACCAAAGUACUAAUAUGGUAUUUUUUUUUUUUUUUUUUAAGUGAAUGCAUGAUCUUAAUGCAACAGUGUGGGUGUUAUGUAAAAAAUAUCACAA